AUGAAAGCACUAAUUACUCUUAAAAUGGAAAUUAAUCGUCUUGGUUUCACUCUAAAUGAGCAAGACAGUUUGCGUAAAUACUUCACUCAAAACACAACUCACUUAUUUAUCGAAGAAAAGUUUACUGUAGGUCAAUUAGAAUCCGCAGGCAUCUUUGAUCAACAAAGAAAUUUCCACUACCUCAACCAGCUCCAUAUCGACCAUGGUCGUCUUCUAUCAGCAAUUGUAAGUCAAGGUUAUGAUGUAGUCGUGUUUGAUCGAAAUAUAGAAAAUAAAGAAAAGAAAGUUGAUAUGGAAUUAGGUGUUUCUGCAAUGGAUGUUAUCUGGACUAGUGAUCCCGAUAUAUUUGUUUUAAUUUUUGAAGAUGGAGUAUCCGGUGAUCUCACGGAAUGUUCCUCCUCGUUCUAUCCUUUGAAUAAUUACUAUAAAUACUUUACAUAUGCAUAUGGACAAGACCCCGUUAGGAAAAAUCAUAUCCUUGAAAUAACUGAUGGUGAAACAGUUGGAAAUUGGAAGGGUGAAGAAGUAAUGGAUUAUUUUUUUUCAUUACAAUUGUUUGGGUAG